AUGGCUACCCAACAGCCCCUAAACUUGGAGCCAGAACCAGACCUACACCCCAUAUACCCAACUAGCGCUCAGAUACAGCAGCAACUUUCUUCUGAUUCCGGACUCGACUCUACGCAGAAGGCGUCGCUUGUAGUUCACUGUCUGAAGCGAGCCUGCCUGUUUGCCGAUCUUUCCCUCCUACAAUUCCUACUCACCGAUCCCGUGGCGCAAGUCUAUAUUGACUUGGGAAUCAAAGACGAAGACGGUGUUGGGCUUGUCAGUUUAACGAUCCAUGGAUUUGGCGGUGAUUUAGAUCGCGACGUCGAGCGGGAGGAGUGUGUCAGGUACCUCGUGUCGCAAGGCGCAGAUCUUGGUGCAGAUAAAGCUGGUUGGACACCUCUGCACCACGCCGCAAUAAUCGCACCACCGACGCUGGUGUCCUACUUGAUGACCCACGGCUGCUCUCCUUUCGAGGCGACAAAGAAGAACUUGACGGCUUUGGAUAUAGUGACUGCCCACUCGGUUAUCCCUGACAGAGAAGAUGUGGCGUUGUUGCUGGAAGAAGCUAUGAGAGGCGAAGGUUGGACCGGAGGUCGGGUAGAGCAACGACGGAGAUUACACGAGAAACGGGAGAAGCGGCGAGGAAAGAGAAGGGCUGUUCGAGACGAGGUCAGUAGUGUCCUUGGUGUCCAGCCGAGAUGGUGGGAGCCAGAGGAUGUGGACUCAGACUCAGACUCGGAUGAAGAAGAGGAAUUCAGUGAGGAGCCCACUUAUGUCAGUACAUUCGUUUCUCGGUCAGUUACCGGUCUGAUUUCUCGAAAGACGCCCCCUCCAGACUUCGCGUCCAUGCUUGUCUUCUCGCCUACGACAUUACCCCAAAUCUUCGAUUCCGUGAUUACAAACUAUCCAAUAUCCUUGAAGGAUCCCACACCUGCCCAAACACUGUACCUUCUGGCCAGGUUUGCGUGUCUAACAUGCGACCACAUUUGGCUCGAGGACUUGAUUAUGGGCGCUGCAGACGCCAUUGAAGACGCGUUUUUCAACAAUGCAGAUGACCUACCCACGUUGGUUUUUUGGUUAUACAACACUUCUCUUUGGCAACAUUUCAUGCAGUGUGACAAAUCUAUCCGUCCUGCUUGUGAAAUGCUCGGAUCCUUCGAGUUAGUGGAAGAGGUCAUUAACUCGGUAUUCGUGUUCAUAAUCCGGUUUGCCGAGAGAAGAAUAGACCAGCUUCUCGAUGUUACCAUCCUGGAUUAUGCACCAUCUGGUUCCGAGUCCGAAACAGUGCAAUUCGAGUCUGAGUGGUCGUUUCUCCGGCCAUUCACCAAGAAGAAGGGACCUCCGCCCCCAGUAUCAGUAGAUUCCCCCCGAACUCAAAAGAAUGUCACUACUUCGCCUACGACAUCUCUAAGGACGCUACCCCGCAGCUAUGGCAACUCGCCAUCAACUCGAAGAUUCUCUUCAUUGCGGCAGACCAUUGCUCGGGCAAAUGCAGGAGCGUCCGGCAUCCCACUAUCUGCAUUAUUUGCAGAAAAUCCGACCGUUCCAUCUCCUCAUGAUCUCACCGCAUUCCUCACCGCCUUGCAUACUCUGUUGGCCUUCGCUGACAUCAACCCUAUAUUCACCACUCAGCUUUGGUCGCAAGUUUUUUAUUGGACUAGCUGCGAAAUCUUCAACCGGGUUAUCACGAGAAAAAAAUAUCUCUGCCGCUCCCGAGCCGUUCAAAUUGCUGAUAAUCUAAAUGUGCUCGAGGAGUGGGUGGAUGAGAUAGGCCUCCCUUCAGGAGUUCUGGCGCACUUUGCUCCCGUCAAGGAUCUGCUAAGUUGGUUGCAAUGCUUGUCCUCGGUGUCCGACUUCCCCGAUCUAGUUGCAGUUAUUCAAUCCCUCAAACACUUAAACCCUCUACAGAUGCGGCGGGCUGUCAGAGAUUACAAGUACGAGGUCAACGAGGGUAAAAUGACCGAUGAGUGUAUCCAGUAUAUCAUACAGCUGCAGAAAGACUGGGAACGACAUCGUGUGAAGCUGGGAGUGGAGAUUCUCCGGAAAGAGAUCUCAGAGCGGGAGCGAGAACGGGAAGACAAUGCAUCCACCCACCGCGCUGAAUCUGUGAAUGGGGACGACGACUCCUUCGCGGAGUCCAACACAUCAAUAGACGCCAGUCAACGAAACGGCAUAGACGGAUUGCUGGACCGAAAUCAAGACAAAUCCUGGUGGCAGCCAAUCCGUGCGCCACAAGCACUCGGAGAGUUGCUCGACUCACGUUACAUGCUCCCGUUGUUGUUUCCCGACGACCCUCGACUGUUAGCGGCUCUUCCAAGCCGCGCUUUUCUUGAAGAGACUGCAAUCAACAGCCAACCAGCUAGCGCCACCUUGUCUCCAAGGUCAACAAAGAGUAGCAUUGAUUUCGGACGUCCGGGACCUCUGCUAUGGAGGGCACGAGAUCGCAAACUCCGCGAGAACGGGAUACGGAUAUUGCGACUUGUGGACGGAGCGCAUUCAGUCUCUCAGUGGUGGAAGAACUUCGAUUCACCGUUCGAUCACGAUGACCACGACCAUGACCACGACCACGACCAUGACCACGACCACGACCCCGACCACGAAAUCCACCCGCAUUCUGGACAAUCCGAAGACGGCGAAGAUGCUGUAUUGAAACUUGACACGGAGCCGACCCCGUUCACUCGCAAACCGUCCGGUCGAAGUAAAGGACGACAUAGUUUUGGAGACGUGACUCCCAUUGAUGGUCCAGUCAAGGGUCGAUCCCUUCUGGGAGACAUUACGCCUGUCGACGGCACCUUCAAUUUUCAUUCUUCUCCGCAACAUUAA